CCACUCCUCCUAUUUUUGUGUCGUCUGCAAAUUGAACAAGUUUGCUAAUUAUACCAGAAUCUAAAUCAUUAAUGUAGAUUAGGAAGAGCAGAGGACCUAAUACUGAUCCCUGAGGUACUCCACUGGUAAUAGAUAACAUCGCCUUCGUCAAAUACAAGAUGCAUUAGACAUUAUCAGACUUGUAAAUUGGUAUCGAAGGACUCCACACUCAGUCUUACAGAAUUACGCGAUCGGAGCCGGUCGAUAUUCAGGACCAUGGACAGAAACAGGAUGUGCAGGGCGCUAAGACCUGGGGGACACCGCCGUGUUUGCCGGUGCAGACUGCAGUGAUUAAUAGGAAAGCAGAUGAACGGGUCACGGGCAGAGUUUGGCUAUGUGACGUCACUUGGACGCUAUAUAAAAACCGUGAAGCGCUCUGUUGGCAAGCGAGAGGCUCGGCGAUGAGCGGCUUAUUUGAUAAAUUGCACCUUUUUUUCAGUUUUAGCGCAUUUUGUAUACGUAUAUGAUGGCUAGAUGAUCAUUUUUAAAUAUAUAUAUACCUUAACCUACAUGUUGAAUUAGUUAUUAGUUAUACAUGUUAUUUUCAUUUUAGUAACACGUUUGAAAGAUUUUUCUAAUUUAGGAUACAGCACCGCCUUUUGAGUCUUAUCAGAAGUUUAAUUCCUUCUUAAACACGUUAGUAUUCUUCACCAGCCCGCACUUUGAAAAUGCCCGCUUUGUCUUUCAGAAAGGACCUCUCCCCGCGCUUAGAGCAGCCCGGCUCGGACACACGGAGGUCCCGGGCUCUGCAGGACAUGGUGAUGACCCCGGACCGCAUCCCCCAGUUUGUAAUACCAUCUCUCGGGGUACCGGGUCCCAAAACACUCCGCAAACUCUCCUCCUCCUCUGCGGGAUACGACCUGCACGGACCAGACCGCUCCAGGAGCCCGAGUCCGCGGCGCAACAGCCUGGCUUCGGUCCCGCUGCCCCAGACUGACCUCGGGGAUCUGGAGCAUCGAACCGGGGAGGACUUUCACAAGCACGCCGCUGAUCACCGAGUCUUAGAUCUUUCGGACCCGGUGACUCAAGCCGCCAUGUCGCUGCCCCACCUGGCUAAAAUCACCACCCCGUACGGCUUCCUCACCCUGAGCGAGAGCCCCUGCAUCUGGAGCAAGGAGUCGCUGUUUUUCGACCAGGAGAUCCGAAGGCAGGCACUCUUCCUGGGGAAACGGAGCAGCAGCGGUGCGCACACCCUCCACCCCUGCCUCCUCUCCGGCUCCACGGCAGCUCCUGAUGCCGGCUCCCUCUUUCCCAGAAGCCGAUCGUCUCCGCUGGCCGAACUCUGUAAUCUGACCGAACCGGGAACCGCGGCGAGCAACAAGACUGGCCGCUCUUUAUCUUGCGAUGCGACCGCUCUCGGCGCCCGCAAGUCCUGCCUCAGCGCUGUAGCGGAGAACCGGACUCGCGUUACUGCUGCUUCCAGCGGCGCCAAGAACACCAGCAAGCCGGUCGGGAAAGGCAAACUGCAGCAGCUGAUUAACAAACACCUGUCCGGGAUCCGGAGGCUGAAAUACGGCUCCUCGUUUCUGAAAAAGGCGCAGGAAGGGCGGAGGGUGCCAAAGAUACUGUAAUCACCAGAUACGUGUAAUAAUAAUAAUAAUAAUCUAAAACAAUAAUGCGACUUUUUAUUAGCCAUGUUGUACCAGACAGCUGGAGUCCUGCCUUCGUGCGCAGUGCAUGCUCUGUCUUUCAGAUAUAAUGGAACUGGGACCGGAUCUCACGACCAGUUCUGUAUCAAGACAGAUGUGGGUCAUUUUAUGGCCGGUCUAGGAAUUAAAAUAACCGCAAGACUUAACUGAUUUGAACCAGACACGUUCUGCUGUAGGGUUAUGUGGUUUAAACUUGUAACUUUGACAACUUUGAUUUGACUUAAACGGUGUGAUGUUUGUAUAGAACUGUUUAACUGUUAAUGUGUGUGAGCUUCAGGGAUCCAAAAAAAGUAAUUUUAUUUUGUCGACAUAGUGCUCUGUACUGUCUUGAACUCGACAAGCGAUGCGCGCACCCGAUCCUCCUGCUCCGUGGACUCGAGAGCGCGCGUCUGGAAAUUCUUGCUGCACUUGAAUAUAGAAUUCUAAAUAGAAUCAUCGGGGGUUUCCUUCUUUGAUCCUUCUGCAUUCCAAAUAUGACGCGUCGAAUUUGAAUCAAAUGGUUCUGUUUGGGUUCUAGAAUCAUUAAGGGGAACACAGAUCUCGACCGGAUUUAUCAAGGGAUGUUUCUGGCAACAAUAACCGAUUGUUCUUAUCAUAAAACAAACAUGUUAAGAUGUUAAUGUAUUUAUACAUUGUCUGAAAUAUGAAAAUUAAAGACACGAUUUCUAUU